AUGUUUAUAAUACAUCUUUAUUUGUAUUAUUUUUUAAAUUUAUAAAAAGUUACCAAAUUUUUUGUGAGUUAAGCAUUCUUUUUUGAAAAAGGGAUUUUCACUGGUAGCCUACAAGAAGAUAUUAAAUAUUUAAUAAUUAAAUAAUAAUAAUAAUAAUAAAAAAAAUAUAAUCAACGCUUAUUCAUUAAAUCGAAAAUUGAGAAAACAAACAAAUUACAGCAAAACAAGCAAACUUAUAAGAAAUAAUAGAGACUCAUUAAAGUAUAAUUACACUGUAAGAUGACUGAUUAUCAUAAUUUAAUUUAAGAAUACUAAAAUGGAAAUUCAACAAUGGAGUCAAAGCAAAGGGCUUUUAUGAAAGCAAUUUAUUAGACCCCUCAUUUUUAUAAUAUGAUAAAAAGAUAAGAAGAUAAAAUAAAUCGCUUGGUUUCAGCAUUUAAAAUAAGAGAGUUCAAUCGUAAGGAUAUAGUCUAUCGCCAUAAAUAGCCUGUAAAAGAAAUUUAUUGGAUUUUAGAAGGUUAAAUGAGCUGCUGGGAUAAGAAAACAGACUAGGAUAUCAACACUGAAAUGAAGCUAACUGGAAUGUAUGAGUAGUUUAUUGCAAGCAAUAACAUGGAUUCGCUAGCAAGAGAUUAGCAAGAAAAGUUUUAAAACAUUUAAAUUAGACUAAAAUAUCUUAGAGAUCCAGAAUUAGAUUAAAUGAUUCGCGAAAUAGAUACUCAGAGGGAGUAUUUCCUCCUAAGUAAUAUUUGUAGCAUCAAAAGAGUGCGUUUUUUAGAGGCAGGAGAAAUAGCUGGAGAAAAUUGUGCUAAUUCUGGAUUAAAGUAUGAUGGCUUAUGUGUUGUUAGCAGUGAGAAAUGCAUUGCCUUAUCGCUUUCUACAGAAGAGUAUAACCAUAUAUUUACAACUAAUAAAGAUUGCUUUUAUUUUAUUAAGGAAGCACUCUAGUAAAUAUUUGGAUUCUCAAAUUAAAGGUUAAUUAAUCGUCUGGCAUAUCAAUUCGAAGUAAUCAAUUACUAGUAUAAUUAGGUAAUAUAUAAUGAAGGAGAUAUCGCUGAUUGCGUUUAUGUGAUUAAAAGCGGUGAAGUAGAAAUUGUCAAAACUCUUAGUUUGGCAUAACUUUAAUAAUAAGAUAUUUUAUCAGGUUCUAAUCAAAUAAAUUAAGAUUUAAUUUAAAAUAAGGAUAAAAAUGUAGAAAUUAGCACUUCUUAUUAGGUUUAGGGAUCUACUAACCAAGCCGUAUUAAAGCAUGUCCAAAAUUGCGAAAUUAGCAAAUACAAAAGAAAACUAAAACCAAAGGUGAUGGAAACUCAGAUAGUGCUCAAGAAUUAAGGUCUUCUAGGCCUAGAAGAUUAUGUUUAAGAAGCCUGUGAAAUGUAACCUGAAAAAGAUAUAGAAGAGUCUAUUAAACCAAAAAAAAAGAAUGGAGAUUUGCAAGAAAAGAAAAAGAAAUUAAGGUACGUUAAGGCUAUUAGCAAAUCAAAUGACACUGUUCUGUUGAAGAUUAGAGACAAAUAUAUAAAUAACUUGCUCAAUGAAUAAGGUAUCAAUCGUCACAAAGUGUCUGAGAAGAUGAAAAUAUUAAAAUUGCAAUAUCACAGUGAAAGACUACAAAAGAUUCAUGAAAUUAAGAGUUAAAACAAUCAGUAAAAUAAUACUGGACAGGGUGGUGUAAUUACAGAUCUGAUUGCGUAUAACAAUUACUAUGAAAACAGCAAUAUAAAUAUUAGUAAUAAUAAUAAUAAUACCACUAAUAAUAUUCCUCUUAAUAAAUUUAUUUCGAAUUAGUCUAACAACUUUAAUUACUCUUAGGAAUCUGAUGAAAAACAUAAAAACACCUAACUACUCAAAAAACAAGAUACUUCUUAAUCUUAACUUUUAAUUUCUUCUCUUGUUAGCAAAUCAAAUAUUCACUUUGGAAAAAUACCUGAUAGAAGAAGUUCUGAUGAAGAAAACUACAAUUCUAACAAGACUGCACCUGCUAAUGAUAAAGAGGAUGCUUCAUCUGCUAGUAAAGACAAGAUUUAUUCUUUCACUCCAUAAUCUAAUAGGAUAGCUUAGUAGAGAGAAGCCCUUAAAAAUCUUCAAUAAUUAGACAUCAAAGGUAGCGUUUAAAAUAAAUAUUUUGCAGAAUGCAACUCAGCUGAACCUAUUUUAGCUUCUUAUUCAAGAAAAAAUAUGAAGAAAUUUACAGACUAUUCCUCCGUUUCUACAACUACAACUGCUAGUUUAAAUUCUAUGCAAAAACUAUCACCCACUCUUUCUAUACCGAUUAAUUCUUACUAAAAAUUUCAAUCUGGUAAAUAAAUGAACUUAAAUGGUACUCCAAGUAAUGUUUUAGUCAACUCGCCUACUUGUGUUCCAGAAUUAUAACAAAGAAUGAAUGUGCAAAGAUAGCGCCCUUCUAAAACGUUUACAGAUAUUAACAGUAACAGCAUGCAAUCAUAGAGAGAAGGAAGCACCUCUCCAAUGCCUUGCCUUCAUCCAUUAAUAGCAUCUGAAAAAUUUAAUAGUUAAAAACUAUAAGAAACAAAUAAAAAAAUAAGCAGUAGCAGCGAAUUUAUAAAAGACACCAAUUUAUUCUAUUCUACAAAUUUUAUUUCUAAAAAUUAAAGUAUGUAAUAACUUUAACAGACUGAUUUAAUUAGUUCUUCAUAUAAAAUCAAUAAUAAUAAUAACCAAAAUAAUACAAAUAAGGAAGAGCUUAAUUUACUAUUCUUACUUCCUGAAAAAACAAAAUUAAUCAAUCAAAAACGCCAAAAUAGAUAAAAGACUGAUUUUUAGCAAAAUGGUUCUCAAGUGUAACUGAAAUUUAACUCUAACAAAGCAAAUGCAAAUGAAUAAUGCAAAAAGAGUUUUGAUAGUAAAUUAAAAUGUAAUAAUUAGAUUACUAGUAAUAUUGCCUCUUUAGCUGAUUUAGAUAAUCUUUAAUUACAAUAGAGUAUCUAAGAAUAUCUUCCAGAUACAGUCAGUAGUAAUCCAAUACAAGAAGAUCAAAAGCAAUUUUUUAAUAGACUAAAAGGAAUACACCCAGUUCUUAAAAAAUGCAAAACUCUUAUAUUUACAAAUGAUAAAAUUUCUUAAGUUAAAGAUUGCUAAACUGAAUAACAAAAUGAUGAUAAAUCUAAAAAGGUUUAGCAAUAGUAAGACACGACCACCACUGAUUCAUCUACAUAAUGCAUAUCUUCAGAUAGAACUAAUAUGAAUAAGACUGAACAAAAAACAUAAAAGCACAGAAGAAUUUAAAUAAGUGAUAAAUAAGAUAUAAACAUGAUAAGUGAAAUAAAUUGUGUUCCACUACUUAAAAAUUAAAAAGAGCAAAUAAAAACAAAGUAAACUCUCUAUAAAGACAAUUUUAACUCAUUUAGUGCUAAGAAUCUGAAUACUCAUAAUUGUGAUCCUCAAUAAAAUUAGAAAAAUACAUAAUAAGAAAAAGGUGAUUAUUAGACUCCAAUAAAUAUAAUAUCCUAUAAGUAAUAAAAUGAAUUAUAUGUAGAUUCUGGAUAUUGCUAAAACAAAAAGAAAAAUGUGGCAUAAGACCAAAAAAAUGCAAACGCUUUAGAGAUGCUAAGAAGAAGUAACACGACCAAAUAAUCUAAAAAUAAUAUAUUCUCAACGUCAUGUUAAGAUCCUUAAUUAAAAAGCAAACUAAUUCUAUCGAACUCCUUAAGCAACUUAAUAAAUUCAAAACCAAUGAAUCAUAGUCUUUAGGUGAAAGAUAGAAUAGUGACUUAAGAGUGA